AGAGAGGGAGGGAGAGAGAGAGAGAGAGGACAGGCAGAGAACCAGAGCCAGCAUUACAGAGAGGGAGAGCACGAACACUCAACAAGAUAACAGGAGAUACAUGUGGAAACAGCAACCCACAAGAAGAGCAGAGACAGAGCAAGGGGAGCUGAUUUGCAAAACGAACGUGUCAAAGUCUGUGUGUGUGUGUGUGUGUGUGUGUGGGUGAGUGUGUGUGAGGGAGCUCAGUGUGUUUCCACGGUUCUCCUGAGGCCGUGGCAGCCAUGGCGUCAGAGCCUAGCACCCAGUCCAGGGUGAUGUUCCAGGCAGCGGAUAAAACAGAGGAGCCGGCGAACCGCAAGCUGGGCAAGUUGACAGUCAAAUACAACCGCAAGGACCUGCAGAGGAGGCUGGAUAUCGAGGAGUGGAUCGACGGGCAGCUGCACCUGCUGUUUGACUGUGAGGAGGAAGAGAUUCCCGAGUUAGAGAUUGACAUAGAUGAGCUCCUGGAGCUGACAGACGAGGGGCAGAGGAUCCGGUUGCAGGAGCUGUUGCAGGAAUGUGGAAAGCCAAAAGAGGAUUUUAUCAACGGUCUGCUCUACAGGAUAAAAGGUCUACGCAAGAUGUCAGGUCCCUUGAAGAAAUAAUUCUAGGUCAAGCAAAUUGAGACAAUGUGGAGCCUCUUAUCUUAACUGUUUGGAUGCCUGUCUGUGGGACUCUCUUUUUGCCCCCUGCCCCCUUCCAGGGUCAGCAUCAGUUUUACACCAGAGCAGUCGGGUUUUAAAUGGAUUUUUUUUUCUCUUAAAUUUAUGGACUGCUAUAACAUUUUGUCUCCCAUAAAAAUACCAAUAAUGCACAUGUGAUAAAAGUUGUAUUUACUCAGAUGGACCGUUUGUUCUUUUUUGUGUAAGACUGUAUAUUUUUGGUUGCCUAUUUAUGUACAGAAAUAUUUUUGUUCUGAUAACAGCGUAUGUGUAUGUCGAAAUAAAAUUGAACAUUU